AUGUCUGGUCCCAAAAAUGCUAUCAAAGAAGGGAUCAGGUCCUGCUCCUUCAUCACCUCAAUGACCCCAGUGCUGGCAUCUGGCUUGUCUGUGGAGAUCACCUUCAACAAAAAGUCCAUCAAAGGCGGAGUAUCUAUAUGUCUCAUGAAUCUCUCAAUCAGAUUCGAAUCCUGUAAAAUAAACUGUAUCAUUUCAUCCAUCUUCAUGUCCAACAAAUGCUCAUUAAUUUUCAUAAAAUACGUUGCAAGGAAAAUCGGCAACGGUGCAGGCUUGUCCAGGAUGCCCCACAACUUUUCUAUCAAAUGUGGAGCUUCCAUGAAAGCAUCAGUCAACGACCACACGUCAACAGAUAAGAUUUCCGCAGCCACUUGUGCUCGUCUAGAAUGUCUUUCUGCCGGUGUUUCGUCAUCCUCUUCUUCUUCUUCUUCUUCGUCAUCUUCGUCCAUAUUAAUUUCUCCAAACGAUUCUGUGUCGUCGUCGUUGUUGAAGACAACGACUUCGGCUGUGAAGUCUGGGUGGACCCCUCCUCAGACUCAAGCGACUCGUUCGACUCCAAUGACUCGCCGGACUCGUCGUCCGACUCAGGCUCGUGGUCUUCCUGCGGUUCCUCCGGUUCCUGUGAUUCCUGAUGUGUUUCUGUGUCGCCUUCAAGACCUUGUUCCAACUCGCGUUGGUACUCGUCGUCAUCAACAAUGUAGUUCACCAACGCCUCCAUUACUUCCGGCUCGCGCAAGUACUCCACCAGCUUCGCAUUCGAAGCAAGCAGCUCAGGAAUCGUCUCCUGCUCGUCCAACAGAUUCUCCAACGUGA